CCCCCUUGCGUCGUUCCCCUUCUCACAGAAACAGGAAGGUCGCGCGUAGCGGUGCAUUACUGAAGAAAGCGAAGAGACAACUUGACAACCAUGCUGGGACAGGCCGUGAGACGAUUCACAACGUCUGCUGUUCGUUCUUCACACUAUGCUGAAGGACCAGGGAAGAACCUGCCAUUUUCCGUGGACAAUAAGUGGCGUCUGCUGGGCAUGAUGGUGGUUUUCUUUGGCAGUGGCUUUGCAUUCCCCUUCAUUGUUGUCAGACACCAGAUCCUGAAGAAGUAAUGCAGCUCUGCCUCAUUCUGUCUUCAAGGUCUCCAGCUGGAAACGGACUUAUCCAUCAGACUUUGUCUUCGUUUAGAAGAAUGGGAAUCCCUUAAUUGUCUUUGUAAAUAAAGUUGUCUCAAAUUAAAUU